AUGUUACUGAUGGGUGUUUCUCUCGUUUGUUCUAAUCGAUGUUCAUCAGUGGUGAAUAGGUUGUUAUGGCAUGAGAAUAUGAUAAUCACUCUAGGGUUGAGAAUAAUUAAGGUGUGGAAGUUUGAUCAUGAUGCAAAGACAAAUGUACUUCGGGGGAAGAAUGUGAUUCUUGGAAAUUUGAUAAAUUCAAAUUUCAUAGAUGCCUGUGUAUUGAAUGAUGAUGAGAUUUUAGUCAUUACCAAUGUGAACCAGUUGAUUUUAUUAAAACUAAAUAGUGAUGUUCCAAAACUAUACAGUCUACAGGGUCCAGAACAAGAAUUUGGAUCAUUGGAUUAUGAUCAGGAAAAAGUAUGGUUUGGCACUAGCGACUAUAAGAUUACAAGCUUGGAGAUUUCUGAAUUAAAGCAGAUUGAAACUGCGAGCAGAUCCGCAUCACCUAGUCGUCGAGUAAGCUUACUAAGUCCUUCCAAAGAACUAUCAAUACCAGUGAAACCAAUAAUAAAGGUUGUUAAUUUUUCCACCGAUAAGUUGUUAGUUUUGAAUGAUGAUGAACAAAUUAAAUUUAUCGAUAAGAAAUCUAAUGCGGAAAUAGUAUUAACACAAUCUAUAAUCAAGGAUCUUGGUGGGGUAUCUGUGCAUAGCAAUGAAUUUCUUGCGUUUUCCAAACAAGGGAUGAUCAAGAAGAUCGAUAAAGAUUUAAACGUAAAGGAUUUGCUUAGCUUUAAAUUACCUAGUGGCACAAUUCUUGCCAACUCAAUGACAGCAGUUGAACAAUUUAAUGACAAACUAAUAAUUGGUGACAAGUAUGGAGGGUUAUACAUUUCUAAACUUGAAAAUGAAGAGUAUACUACUAUCUUCCAAACGAAAGCUCAUUCUUCCAGCAUUAAUGAAAUAAUCGCUUUCACAUUUGAAGAAAUAGAGAUGAUUUGCAGCAUUGGACGUGAUCGAAUGAUUCAAUUUUUCCGCAAUUAUCAAGGCAAGUAUGAGUUAGUGGAAACAGUACCCAUUCACCAGGGUAAUUUGCUUAAGGUCAUACAUCAUGAAGGUAUAAUAUACGUAUGUUCUUCAGAUAGAACCAUUUCCGUGCAUUCUUUAUAUAAACUGGAAGACUCAGUACAAAUGACUCACGAUAAGGUAAUCACAUUGAAAGCUACACCGAUAACAAUGAAUAUAUUGGAUGAUGAACUUAUAGUAUCUCAAUCAGACAAGACAGUGCAGAUAUACAACAUAUCAGAAGAGAUUGAAUUUUCAAGAAUGGUUAGAUUCAUCAAUUCGCAAACUAAUGAAUUCAUUCAGAUUGAAAAUUUCAUCAAGUAUGAACAGUAUCUCAUUGGUUGGGCAUCUGACAAAUCACUCCGGGUGUUUAAUUACAAUGGUGGAUCGGAAAUAAGUGUUGUUUGGGGUCAUCUGGAUUCAAUAGUGGGAUUGUUCAUGCAUGGCACCAAACUUGUGUCCAUCGGAUCAGAUGGUUGUUUAUUUACUUGGAGUUUACAGGCACCAGCGGUAACGCCACAAAGAAGCGAAAUUGAAACUCCUUCUCCGAUAAUUAACAAGCAAGUUUCAAGAAAGAUCUUGCCAAAAUCACAGGAGAAGCUUGCUCUGGAAAGGCGAUCACCAGUAAGAUCUCCCGAACGACGUUUACUGGAGAAGCCAUCUCCUUUAAAGCCAGCAAAAACCUUAUUACCACCGGCUAAGAUAAUUACAAGAAGACUGAGCACCCCUAAUCUUAGUGCUAGAUUAACUGCUGCUAGUAUCAGCACGCCUAAGUUACAAUCACCAUUAAAGUCUAUCCUGCCUAACAAGCCAGUAUUAUCAACACCAGUGCUUACAAAGAAACCCCCGCAUGUCGUAGUAAAUGAAGUUACAUCUCCUGUGGACGGUAUAUUGAAUCGAUUGGAGGAUAUUAACAAGAAGGUUAAUUUGCUUAGUUCAGGUGAUAGAAAGAUAGUUGGCGAUAAACUUGUUCAGAUGCUUGAAUCGAUUAAUCAACCACAUCACCAAGAUAUGUUGGAAAAAUAUAGUGAUUUAUUGGUGGAUAUGGUGGAGAAGAAACUUAAUAUGAAAUAAAUGAAUUUGUUCUAUAUACAGUAUUUCUAUGUCUAUUAUUUUCUUGGUUUAAUAUGAGCUGAUGCAAUUGGAUUUGAAUCAGCAUUAUCUGCCUGUAGCCAAGGAUUCUUGGGAUCAACCUUCUCUUCAAGGUUAGCUUCUAUCUUUUCUUGAAUUGGUUCAUCAAUUUUCCCACUUUCACGUUUGACUCUAUCUAAUUCGUUGGCCAACCUUACAGCUUGAUCCCUAACCAACCUCUCCUUCUCGGCAAUCCAUUUCUGGUCCGCUUGUUGUGCCAACAUUUUAAUUCUUGCCUGUCGAUAUUCGUCCUGUAACAACUCUUCAAGGGUAGGAGGAACGUUCCUAGUUCUUCGCAACCAUUGCAACCAUUGUGGAGGGAUAGUCUUGAAAUAAUCAGCUUCGAAGAAUUGUUUCCUAUAUGGUUCCAACUUCCGACGUAAAUUAUUCACUUGACCAUCAAUUGUGAAUUCCCAGUAUGUGUUUCCGUGUAAAUCAUACCCAAUAAAGAACUUUCUUCGGAAUGGAAUAUCUCUACGUGCUUGGAAUUUAUGUAGAAGUCGUUUAUAAAGAGAAUAUUUUGACUUUAUUGGAUCCAUCUUAUAGCUACUACUU